AUGUUCAGCACCACGGACAGCGACCCACCUAUCCAAAUGCCCGUUGCCACGGUAACGGACUGCGGGCGGGGAUGGGUGCAUGAUGCUGCAGCCUGUAAUUUGAUGCACAGACGUGAGGCUCAGCACGCCAGAUCCGGAAAUGCUACCCAGAUAAAUUAUUCCCUUCGAGAAGAAUCAAAAACUGGAGUCAUUGUGGGGAACAUUGCAAAGGAUUUAGGGAUUGACCCGGCUUUACUGGAAAACAGGAAUUUACGUAUCGUUACGGGGACAAAGCAAGAGCUCUUUCGGAUAAAUCAUGAAGACGGCGCUUUGUUUGUGAACCAGAGAAUAGACAGAGAAGAGCAGUGUGCUAAAACCAACCCAUGUCUUAUUCAUCUCAAAGCAGUGAUAGAAAACCCACUCGAAAUGCACCAGAUAUCAGUUGACAUUAUCGAUGUCAAUGACAAUCCACCGAGUUUUUUAGACGAAAACCAUAAAUUGGAAAUACUUGAAUCUGCAAUGACAGGGGCACGAUUUCAGUUAGAAACUGCGCACGACCCGGAUAUAGGCUCAAACGACUUGCAAUCAUAUAAACUGAGCCAAAAUCUUUAUUUUCGUUUAGAAACGGAAGACAUGGGAGACGAAGGUAAGAUUCCUGUUCUCAUUUUACAAAAACCUCUUGACAGAGAGAAAAUCGCAAGACAUAACCUAACAUUAACUGCGACGGACGGUGGCAAGCCACAGAAAUCAGCUACUGUAAAUAUUACUAUUGUUGUGUCGGACAUCAAUGAUAAUGCCCCAGUUUGUGAUAAGCAAAAAUACACAGUAACAGUAAAAGAAAAUGCCCCUGAAGGUACAUUUCUGCUGCGCGUUAAUGCUUCGGAUUCAGAUGAAGGACUGAAUGGAGAAAUUGAAUACUCUUUACGGAACAAGUUCAGGAACGGAGCAUCUGAGGUUUUUGAUUUGGAUAGUUUGACGGGGGAAUUAAAGAUAAAAAGUGGGCUAAAUUUUGAGGAAAGGCAGGUUUAUGAGCUAAAGAUACUGGCUGCGGAUAAGGGGACCGUGUCUUUGUCAACACAGUGUAAUGUGCUUGUAAUUGUUGAGGAUGUCAACGACAACCGGCCUGAGAUUGACGUCACGUCAGUGUCCAGCCACAUUUCGGAGGAUGCGCCUCCUGGGACUGUAGUGGCUUUGAUGGGAGUUACAGACCUGGAUUCAGGUAUGAACGGAAAGAUGGUUUUCUCUCUGCCUAAGGAUAUUCCUUUUGACCUCAAGCCGUCGCCUGAUGGAAACUUUUAUUCUUUGGUAACUAAAGAAUACAUUGACAAAGAAUCGAAAUCGUCUUAUGAUAUCACUAUAACAGCCAAAGAUUUAGGAACUCCGUCGUUAACAUCAACAAUAUCCAUUCACGUCGAUGUCACUGAUGUUAACGACAACAGCCCCACAUUUGCUCAAAGCCCAUAUACAUUCUACGUGGCUGAAAACAACAAACCAGGAAUUGCCGUUUUCUCAUUAAGUGCAGUUGAUAUAGAUGAAGGUGAAAACGCACGUGUAUCGUAUUCAAUUGAUCGAAUGAAUUCAGACCAAAGCAUGACAUCUUUCGUCAGUAUUAACGAGGCUAAUGGUACCGUUUACUCACUGAGGAGCUUUGACUUUGAGUCUUUAAAAACAUUUAAAUUCUUUGUUGUGGCCAAAGAGGCUUUUGCAGCUACUGAUGUGAAAAACGCAGUAAAAGACGAGGAGGAAAACAACGCGACAUUUUAUUUGAUCAUCACUUUGGGCUCGGUUUCAGUGCUUUUUGUCAUCAGCAUCAUCGUGUUGAUUGUAAUGCAGUGCUCUAAAUCGACAGACUAUUCAUCCAAGUAUUUACAGGACACAAAUUACGACGGGACUAUGUGUCACAGCAUCCAGUACAGAUCUGGAGACAAACGGUACAUGUUAGUUGGACCCAGAAUGAGUGUCGGCUCUACUAUAGUCAGUAAUGGAAAUACUCUAGUGAUCCCAGAUCGCAGGAUGAGAGAUUCUGGAGAGGCUUACGAUGCUUUUGAGAAACGCAGCCCUGGUUAG